GGGAGUGCGCGUACGCAUACUCGCUGGCUCUUCUUCCUCAGGCAGAGUGGUGCGGAGGAGAAAAAGGGGGUGCAGCUGCUGAUUGCAGCGCCGCGGAGGGAGACCACAAUUAAAAACCAAAUCAGGCGACACGGCUCCGUUUUUCAACGUGUGCAGAGCAAAAACAACCGUUUCAUCAGCUGAAGGAAAGCGACAGCCAUCGCCAAUAUGGGGUUCGGUCGCUCAGACAAUUACCAUGAGGACACCACACAGGAUGGUGAUGACAAGGACUCUCCCAAGAAGAAGCCCAAGACCAAGGACCUGGAUGACCUGAAGAAGGAGGUCCCUCUGACCGAGCACAAGAUGUCUGUGGAGGAGGUGUGUCGGAAAUACAACACGGACAUUGUGCAGGGCCUGACCAAUGCCCGAGCAGCGGAGUACCUGGCCCGGGACGGGCCCAAUGCCCUCACCCCACCCCCCACCACCCCGGAGUGGGUCAAGUUCUGCCGGCAGCUGUUUGGCGGCUUCUCCAUCCUGCUGUGGACCGGAGCCAUCCUCUGCUUCUUGGCCUAUGCCAUCCAGGCAGCCACGGAGGACGAGCCAGCUGGGGACAAUCUGUACCUGGGGAUCGUGCUGUCGGCUGUGGUCAUCAUCACCGGCUGCUUCUCCUACUUUCAGGAGGCAAAGAGCUCCAAAAUCAUGGAAUCUUUUAAGAACAUGGUGCCGCAGCAAGCCCUGGUGAUCCGUGAAGGAGAGAAGAUGCAGAUCAAUGCUGAGGAGGUGGUGGCAGGAGACCUGGUGGAGGUGAAGGGGGGGGAUCGGAUCCCUGCUGACCUCCGAAUUGUCUCCUCUCACGGUUGUAAGGUGGACAACUCUUCCCUUACUGGAGAAUCAGAGCCCCAGACCCGAUCACCUGACUGUACCCAUGACAACCCCCUGGAGACACGGAACAUAGCCUUCUUCUCCACCAACUGUGUCGAAGGCACGGCACGUGGCAUUGUGGUCUGCACGGGUGACCGCACCGUCAUGGGCCGGAUUGCCACCCUGACCUCCGGCCUUGAAACCGGAAAGACCCCUAUUGCCAAGGAGAUCGAGCACUUCAUCCACCUGAUCACGGGCGUGGCCGUCUUCUUGGGCGUCACCUUCUUCGUCCUCUCCCUCGUCCUCGGCUACUCUUGGCUGGAGGCCGUCAUCUUCCUCAUCGGAAUCAUUGUUGCUAACGUCCCUGAAGGCUUGCUGGCUACAGUCACGGUGUGCCUGACUCUCACUGCCAAACGCAUGGCCCGCAAGAACUGCCUGGUGAAGAACCUGGAGGCCGUGGAGACCCUGGGCUCCACCUCCACCAUCUGCUCCGACAAGACGGGCACCCUGACCCAGAACCGUAUGACCGUGGCCCACAUGUGGUUCGAUAACCAGAUCCAUGAGGCAGACACCACGGAGGACCAGUCUGGAACCUCUUUUGACAAGAGCUCAGUGACGUGGGCAUCCCUGGCACGAAUCGCUGCGCUCUGCAAUCGUGCCGUGUUCAAGGCCGGCCAGGAGAACAUGCCAAUCCUCAAGAGGGAGGUGGCAGGGGAUGCCUCCGAGUCGGCCCUGCUCAAGUGCAUCGAGCUGUCCUGCGGCGCCGUGAAAUCCAUGAGGGACAACAACAAGAAGGUGGCUGAGAUCCCGUUCAACUCCACCAACAAGUACCAGCUGUCUGUGCAUGAGACGGAGGACCCCAGUGACAACCGCUACCUGCUGGUGAUGAAGGGCGCACCGGAGCGCAUCCUGGACCGCUGCUCCACCAUCAUCCUGCAGGGCAAGGAGCAGCCCAUGGAUGAGGAGAUGAAGGAGGCCUUUCAGAAUGCCUAUCUGGAGCUGGGUGGCCUGGGGGAGAGGGUGUUAGGUUUUUGCCACCUUCUACUGCCCGAGGACAAGUACCCCAAGGGUUUUGCCUUCGACUGUGAUGAUGUAAACUUCCAAACAGACAACUUGUGCUUUGUGGGCCUGAUGUCCAUGAUCGACCCGCCCCGGGCUGCGGUGCCUGACGCUGUUGGCAAGUGCCGAUCUGCCGGCAUAAAGGUCAUCAUGGUGACCGGGGACCACCCUAUCACUGCCAAGGCCAUCGCUAAAGGUGUGGGCAUCAUCUCUGAGGGCAAUGAGACUGUGGAGGACAUAGCAGCCCGGCUCAACAUUCCAGUCAGCCAGGUCAAUCCCAGGGAUGCUAAGGCCUGCGUGAUCCACGGGACAGACCUGAAAGACCUCACUCAGGAACAGAUGGACGAGGUGCUGAGGAACCAUACUGAGAUUGUUUUUGCCAGGACGUCCCCUCAGCAGAAGCUCAUCAUCGUGGAAGGCUGCCAGAGACAGGGAGCCAUUGUGGCUGUGACUGGCGAUGGAGUGAACGACUCACCAGCGCUGAAGAAGGCCGACAUUGGUGUCGCCAUGGGAAUUUCCGGCUCCGACGUGUCCAAGCAGGCUGCUGACAUGAUUCUGCUCGAUGACAACUUCGCCUCUAUCGUCACGGGUGUGGAAGAGGGUCGCCUGAUCUUCGACAACCUGAAAAAGUCUAUCGCUUACACUCUGACUAGCAACAUUCCCGAGAUCACCCCCUUCCUCUUCUUCAUCAUGGUGAACAUCCCCCUGCCACUGGGCACCAUCACCAUCCUCUGCAUUGACCUGGGCACUGACAUGGUACCGGCCAUCUCCUUGGCCUAUGAGGCCGCUGAGAGUGACAUCAUGAAGAGGCAGCCCAGGAACCCGCGAGUGGACAAGCUGGUCAAUGAGAGGCUCAUCAGCAUCGCCUACGGACAGAUCGGCAUGAUCCAGGCCCUGGGCGGCUUUUUCAGCUACUUCGUCAUUCUGGCAGAAAACGGCUUCCUGCCCUCGCUGCUGGUCGGCAUCCGUCUCAGAUGGGAUGAUCGUUCCGUUAACGACCUGGAGGACAGCUACGGCCAGCAGUGGACCUACGAGCAGAGGAAGAUUGUGGAGUUCACCUGCCACACGGCCUUCUUCGUCAGCAUUGUGGUGGUGCAGUGGGCUGAUGUUAUCAUCUGCAAAACGCGCAGAAACUCAGUCUUCCAGCAGGGCAUGAAAAAUAAGAUCCUGAUCUUCGGGCUGUUUGAGGAGACCGCUCUGGCCGCCUUCCUGUCCUACUGCCCAGGCAUGGAUGUGGCGCUCAGGAUGUACCCCCUGAAGCCCCUCUGGUGGUUCUGCGCUUUCCCCUACAGUUUCCUCAUCUUUGUUUACGACGAAAUCCGAAAGCUCCUCCUGCGCAGACACCCUGGAGGAUGGGUGGAAAAGGAAACAUACUAUUAAAUGGUGACCUGUGUAUUUAGUCAUCCUGCUCUACCCCCCCCCUCCCCCUCCCAAGCCCAAUACCAUGACAACGCCACCCGUGGUGUGCGACGUGGAGAGGACUGACCUGAGAAAGGAGAGAAUGUGUCCCUGUUAGCUGGCUUGUCUCUAUACUACACCUUCAGUGAACUCCUGCCAGUACAGUGCAAUGUUUACAUCCUGUUAUGGUACUGUUUCUCUGUGCUGUUCCAUUGCUGUGCACCUAAAUACCGCUCUAUUUACUCUACUCUAUGUACAAACGGCAGCUGCAUAGUGGUCCUGUAGAUUGGCGGGGUCAUCAUGUCUUGUAAAAGCCUCAGUUUUGUGAAUAUGAUACUCCUUCACUGCCUCCCCUUCCUCCCCUCUUUCUUCUCCUUUUCCUCCCUCCCUCUCUGUCCCUCUUUCUUACCCCCCCUGGGUUGUGCGGACCCUUCUUGCUGAACAUUCCCAUUGGAGUCACUGCCACUCUGAGUCUCCCUGGACCUGCCAAGUCCCUCUAGGGGACAGAGCAUUCCGUAGCCCUGUCAUUCGGCCCUUUUGUAACCUUUUUGGUUGUAGUGGUGUUUUUUAGAGGUCGAAUGAUUUUUAAGGUGUAUUUUUAAGUGUCUGUUGUUUCUGACUGAGUGGCUGGGAGCAUCUUCUCUCUUUGCUCCUGAGAAAGCACAUUGCUCCUCUUUCAUGCUCGCUCACUCUGUGGGUGUCCAUCAUGUGUCUGUCUGUGUGCACUGUGGGAAAUAUUGUUCUUGGUCACUUCCUCACUGAUUAAGAGAAACCAUUCUGUGUUCUAGGAAAAAAUAUUUUUAAUUCAAGAAAUAAAAAGGGAAAUUUAAAUAUGUUACAAAGAAACAAGAAGUUAAGAUCUCUUUUUCUGUAGGUAUCGAACUGGUCAUUUUUUAUUUAAUUUGUGAAGUUUUGAAAGUGCCAUUGUGAAAAUAGCCGGUUGCUGUACAUUAGAGAAUAAGAGUGUCUGUAGGGGUCUGAAAGUGAAAAUCAUCCUGAAGCCACACAACCUCUGGGACCCUUACAGGCUGGCUGAGCCUCACCCCGCUGCAGGGGUGCCGAGGGGAACACUGUGGAGGUCACGUUAAACACAGCAAGGGCAAUCAACACUAAUAAAACAUCUGGAACAUUUAAUACAA